AUGGCGCAUCACGACACUAAGUUUGAAGGCUGGGUUGCGAUGGAUAAGAGUGCUGCUGAGGGCAAUAUGGUCUGGCAAGCUUAUGAUCCUAAGCCUUGGGAAGAAACCGAUAUCGACAUUGAAAUAACACACUGCGGAGUUUGCGGCACAGAUCUUCAUCAACUCCGAUCCGGAUGGGGACAGACAGCUUACCCCGUAGUCGUGGGCCAUGAACUUGUCGGCAUCACUGUGAGAGUUGGCAAAGAAGCUGCGAAAACUGGUGUCAAACUUGGCGAUCGAGUAGGAGUUGGGGCUCAAAAUGAUGCUUGCCAAUGCCGCAAGCCGCCACAAACGCUCAAAGACCAUUCGGACUGCAAUGCUUGCUCCACCGGCAAUGAAGUGUACUGUCCCAACAUGACAUUGACUUAUGGCGCCAAGUAUCUCACAUCCGCCGGUGGAAAGAGUAUGGGGGGGUAUGCUCGCUACCACCGAUGCCCGGCGGCUUUCGCCUUUAAGAUUCCUGAUAAUUUAGCAAGCGAGCAUGCGGCUCCAAUGAUGUGCGCCGGCCUGACUGCUUUCUCGCCCCUUGUUCAUUUUGGAAGUCACUACAAUCAGCGUCCUACGAGCGAGAAGCUCAAGGGGCUGUUAGUCGGCGUAAUUGGCAUUGGUGGCGUGGGCCAUUUCGCUGUUUUGUUUGCAAAGGCCCUAGGCGCUCAGCGUGUCGUCGCCUUCUCUCGUCAUGCGGAUAAACGGGAUGAUGCUCUAGCCCUUGGAGCUGAUACAUAUAUUGCGACAGCAGAAGACCGAAACUGGGAGGUGGAAAACGCCGGCUCGUUGGACUUGAUCCUCUGCACGAUUUCAAGUUCCAACAUGCCUUUGACCGAUUAUAUCACGCUGCUUAAGCGCGAUGGCAGCUUCUGCCAGCUUGGCCUACCAGAUGAUGGGCAAUUCAACGUUGAUGCUGCGGCAAUAGCUUCGCAGCGUCGAAGCCUUACUGGGAGCUUUAUGGGCUCGCCCAACGAAAUCCGGGAGAUGCUCCAGCUAGCCGCUGACAAAGCGAUAAAACCAAGAGUUGAGGUUUACCCAAUGAGUGAGGCUAAUAGCGUUCUUAAGAAGAUGGAACUCGGUAAAGCAAAGUAUCGAUAUGUCAUGGUGAAUCACUGA